CGUCACGUUUUAGAAGCCAAUCAACGCCCCGCCGAGAGGAUCUCCCCGCCUCUACCUGACCCUGACUCCGCCCACUUUGUGAUCCGGUGUACUGAUGGCGGCGGCAGGACCAGGGAGCCCCCUGCGGGUGGGAUGUAUCGGAGCCGGCAAGAUGGCUCGGGGAGUGCUGGGCGGCCUCAUCGUCAGCGGUAACGGAGCGGUACCGGACACGUGCACCGGGAAGGUCCCUGGUCAGGACAUCACCGUAAGUGCCCCCAGUGACACCAACCUGCAGUACUUCCGGGAUCACGGCUGCAACACGACCCACUCCAACAUCAGCGUCCUGUACGGGGCCAAGGUGGUCUUCCUGGCGACGAAGCCGCACAUCAUCCCACAGGUCCUGGUGGAGAUCUCGUCCGCCAUCACCAGCGAUCAUGUAAUUGUUUCUAUGGCGGCGGGGGUGUCUCUACAGACCCUCAAGAACCUGGUCCCCAGUGGAGCCCGAAUUCUCCGUAUGGGCGCCAACCUGCCAUGUGUGAUCCAGCAGGGGGCGAUGGUGUUCGCUCGGGGCCCCGGUGUUGACCAGGAUGAGGCGGACAUGUUGAAGGAUCUCCUGUCUGUGUGCGGGAUGUGUGAGGAGGUCCCGGAGUCCUACAUGGAUAUUCACACAGGAAUCAGCGGCAGCGGUGUAGCGUAUGUGUACUUGUUUGCAGAGGCGUUGAUGGACGGAGCGGUGAAGAUGGGAAUGCCCCCCGCCAUAUCAAGCCGAAUCGCCGCCCAGACGCUUCUGGGGGCUGCAAAAAUGAUCCUGGAGACGGGCGAGCACCCGGCAAAGCUCCGCUCCGAUGUCUGCACCCCCGGCGGGACCACCAUACACGCCCUCCAUGAACUGGAGAAGGGAGGUUUGAGAGCAGCGGUGAUGAACGCCGUGGAGGCCGCAACCAAUAGGGCGAGAGAAAUGGACAAGGACUAGUGGCGGCCGCCAUGUUCUUGCCGUAUGUUGUGUAGACGCGGAUAUGAUUGUUACGUCUUCUAUUUCUCUAUUGUUGUUGUUUUAUUUUUUUUGUUACAAACUUAGUGUAAACGUUUCAAUAAAAACGUUCCGAUUAGGGACCAAAGGGA